UGUCUUUCUCAAAUGACGGAGGGAUUGCGUCCUCCGCUGCAGCGCACUGCACACGCUCAUGAGCCCAACGAAGAUGAUCUCGAAAAACUCAAGAAAUGGCAAGAAGCUCGUCUCGAAAGAAAACUCCGUGGAGAGUAUGAGUCUGCUGUGUUCAACCUUGCAGAGCUCAUCAACAAAAAUCUUGAGACACCACUAACGGUCACCUCAGUCCGCGUAGAUGGUGCCACAAAUACGAGGGGGUCUUUCUUGGGCUGGUUGAUCCAGCCAUGGCUUGCGCGGCAUACAGACGACCGGGCCAGCAAAUCGAACAACUUGCAAGGAGCGCUGUAUACCGCAAGGGGCAUAAGCCACAUUCUGCAAGAGACAGACCUCUUCCACUCUGUGCAUGCGGAAAUUCAGAGGAGUCGAGACCACCUUGCCAAAGACGGGGACGUCGACAUCGUUAUCAACACUCGUGAAAAAGGCCGGUUCUACUUAAAAUCUGCAACAGAAUUCGGUAAUAAUGAGGGUAGCGUUAGUCUCACGGGCAGAGUGCGCAACGUGUUCGGUGGAGCUGAGUUACUCGAAGGACACUACUCGGCAGGAACAAAAACGCGUCGUUCUUUCCACGGGCUUCUCUCCCUUCCUCUUUCGCCGUCUCUGCGCACAACGGGGCAAAUUUCGUUGUUCAGUCUUGAGCGUGAUCUCUCUACUUUUGCAAGUUGUUCAGAGAUUUCCCACGGCUUAAAGGCUGCAAUAAAUAGCGACUGGGGAGCUCACGGUGUCCAUGAAGUCGCAUAUCAGGCCGUUUUGAGGCAUAUCAACAAUUUAGCGCCAAGUGCAUCAGUAAGCAUUCGCGAACAUGCUGGUCAAACUAUCAAGUCAUCGAUUUCUCACACAUGGACAAAAGACACCAGAGAUGAUAAGCUCGCAGCGUCGCGUGGCUACUAUGGCAAGCUUUUCCAAGAACUAGCUGGACUGUCAGGAGACGUGUCGUUUUACAAGGCCGAGAUUGAAAGUCAAAUUUCCCGGCGCCUUGUUCCGGGCAUGAGUCUCUCAUUGGCUGUACGGUCCGGCAUCCUGAAAGCUCUUUCCGGUCACAGCCAUUUUUCUGAUAGGUUCCAGCUUGGCGGACCGCUCAGUUUAAGGUCAUUCAGGGCAAACAGUCUGGGCCCUCGGGAUGGAGUCGAUUCACUUGGUGGUGACAUUUACUGGUCAACAGGUGCUUCUUUGGUGUCCGAUAUCCCGCGGAAACCGCAUUGGCCCAUUAAGUCGCAUAUCUUCGUGAACGCCGGGAGGUUAGAUGCGGUCGACGGAACAAAAGGAUUAGGUGAGAAUAUAAUGGGGUGCCUAAGAAGACCCUCGAUUUCCGCGGGAGUUGGCCUUAUAUACCGCUUUGAUCCCGUGAGAGUGGAAGUGAACUUUGGGGUGCCACUUUUUGCAAGCAAGAGCGAUGGUGUGCGGAGGGGCUUCCAGGUUGGCAUUGGCAUGGAGUUUCUGUAAAUUCUUCGUGUUCGGGCGUGCAUGUUAGAGUCUAGAUCACAAUUUAAGCCUUCCUUUCGGACUUCGGAAGCCGUAAAUUGACCCCCAUGGAUGUUACCUAAUCCU